UCUUAUAGAUGUCACAUUGUGCCACACAGAAGACAGAAAACGGGACAUGAAUUAUUCAAUAAGAUCUCCCGAGAUGAGUAUUAUCACCCAUUUGUUAUUACUGUCAGGGCUAUUGCCCUUAGUCAGUGGGCGAAUCGACGAGAAUGGUUUUGAAACUGACCGGGUCAAGCGAAACAGUCAAGGAACAGGAUCUUAUAGAGACUGGCAGUGGUAUUUAAAAAGCACGCAACCAUCAAUGAACGUAGGAGCUGCAUGGCGGGCUGGGUACACAGGCAAAGGUGUACUUGUUGCUGUUGUGGAUGACGGAGUCAACAUGAAUCAUCCAGACCUGGAAUCAAAUUUUAAUGUAGAAUCAAGCUAUGACUUUUGGAGUGGCAGAAACAUAAGCAAAUCGCACAGUCCUGGCAGUCACGGAACAUACUGUGCUGGUGUCAUUGCUGGAGAAAACAAUAACAAUUGUGGAGUUGGUGUCGCCUAUAAUGCACAGAUUUCAAGUAUUCGACUGUUCAAUGCCAACGACAAACCAUCUGACCAAUCAGAGGCCAGUGCACUGAUGUUCAGGAGAAACUUUAUUGACAUAUAUUCCAACAGCUGGGGGCCUGGGGACAUGGGCUGGGAACUGGAGGGGCCAGGCCCUUUAUUAGCAGACGUCCUUGAAAAGGGAACGCAACUGGGUCGACGUAAAAAAGGAUCGAUCUUUGUAUUCGCAGCUGGGAAUGGCGGACUUUCGGGGGAUAGUUGUGCGUUUAGUGGUUAUGUAAACAGCAUUUAUACGAUCGCAAUAUCUGGAGUUAACUGGGAUGGAGAGGUUCCUGGCUACGCUGAACGGUGCGGAGCUAUCAUGGCUGUAACCUAUGGUCAAGAUGUGAUUAAAAGGGGGAACGUCAAAGCUCCAAUGAUAACAACCAAAAAUGGCAAAGGUUGCACAGAGGAUUUUCCAGGGACUUCCGGCCCUACUGCCAUGGCUUCUGGGAUCAUUGCUCUGGCAUUAGAAGCAAAUGAGAAUUUGACAUGGCGCGACAUUCAGCACCUGAUCGUAAGAAGCUCAAAACCUCUUCGCCCUCCGAACAGGGUUAGGACGUCGAGUAUUAAGCGUCGCAAUCCUUCUUGGAAGGUCAACGACGCCAAUAUUCAAGUUAGCCAUUAUUUUGGCUUUGGAUUGAUGGAUGCGUAUGAUAUGGUUCGUUAUGCAAAGAAAUGGACUUCUGUUCCACAACAACUACACUGUGAAGUUGAUCUACAACUCUCUCGCUCAAAUUCGUCAGAAGAGAUUCCCUGGAGCGGGCAGUUAGUUCUCUCCUUGUCCGUAAACAAAAGCAAUUGCGGUAUCCGAUUCCUGGAGCACGUGCAAGUUGAAAUUGACCUCACCUUUCUACGCCGAGGUUACCUGGAGAUGAGUUCAAAAUCACCUAGAGGAACUUGGUCCCAGCUCCUUUAUCCCAGGGCGUUCGACAGUCUUACAGGCCAAAAGAAGUUUGAAAAGUGGACAGUAAGCAGCCUACAUUAUUGGGGAGAAAAGCCUGAUGGAGACUGGGAAAUAAUUAUUAAAAACUCGAAGCCAUGGAGAAGAACCAGAAAUGCUUUAACCAAUUCCUUCUCAACUGUGGAGUUACCAACACAAUUAAACAUCAUAAAGUCAACAGUUGGAAAUUCUUCAGAUUGGUCGUCCUGGUCUGAAUGUAGCGUAACAUGCGGUAAUGGAAUCCAACAACGUACCCGCCCAUGCACCCAAGGAUCAUCAUGUGAGGGAUCUGACAAAGAAACAAAGACAUGCAGUAGAAGAAUUUGUCCAAAACCAGCUCCAAUUAACGGCGGUUACUCUGAUUGGUCCGACUGGAGUCCAUGCAGUCGAUCAUGCGAGGGAGGAAGUCGGGAACGUCGUCGUUCUUGCACCAAGCCCCUGCCUGCAAACGGUGGAGCAGACUGCAGGAAACUGGGUAGAAAUUGGGAAAGUCGAAGAUGUAAUGUACAUAAAUGUCCAGGCCACUUGUUUUCGUUGAAAUUAAUUCUGUAUGGAACCAACAAGGACCCUCUCGCAAAAAAUCCUCAUGUUGAAAGAAGAACAAAACGCUUACAGGAUGUUCACCUCCCUCAACGUAGAGAAGAUAUUCCAGUUCAUGGAGGUUUCACACAAUGGAGUUCCUGGACCUCUUGCAGCAAGUCGUGCGGAGAAGGGUUGCGGUCUCGCUCUCGUUCAUGUACAAAACCCCGACCCUUAAACAAAGGCAAAGGUUGCAGUGGAUCAGCCUUGGAAACACGAACAUGUAACAUGGGCAUUUGUCCAGUGUGGUCUAAAUGGUCUGAAUGCAGUCCACCUUGUGGACGGGGGACUCGGAGCCGUUAUCUGUCAUGUCCCACCAGGAGAGACUGUAGGAUACCGAGUUCAAGAAGAGAAGUAAAAAGGUGCUUCACUAACUGUCCAGUGGCUGGAAAUCAUUCACGCUGGUCUAUCUGGUCCGAAUGUAGCGUAACAUGUGGAAAUGGAAUCCAAAAACGAACCCGUACAUGCAUCCGAGGAUCAUCAUGUGAGGGAUCUGACGAAGAAACGAGGACCUGCAGUGGAGGAAUUUGUCCAAAACCAGUGAUAACAAGCACGCACCUUCAAAAUAACUGGGGUGACAGAUAUUGUAAUGGUCAGAAAAAUCGCUGCAAACAGGACUGCCAGAGAAGACAAUUUAAACGAGGAUGUGCAAGGACUUGUGAACUGACGGAAUGCAAAGUUUGCGAAGACAUCGGAACUUUCUGCGACGAAGAUCCGGCAAAUAACUGCAAGAAUCAAUUAUGGAGCAAAUAUUGUAAGAGGACUUGUGGUUCGUGUUGAGUUUGACUUUCUUCUUUAAAGUUAAAGUUUCACGAUUGCCUUGAGUAUAACAUACUAAACGAAAUUUGAAAACGCUACCAAAAUUUAUUUGCAUUUUGCCAAACAGUUACCACAACCCAUAUAAGGGGUUUACUGAAACUUUUCGUAAACGACCUUAGAUGUAAAUAAAUUCAAAAAGGCUUCCUAACGAGUUGGAGAGGACAGUAACUCUUUGAAAUCAGCACUUUUUGAAAAACAUUGACUGUUAACCUCUACAUGAAAUUUUCUAGAAUUAAUUGUAAGCUCAAUCAUUUUACGCAUGCUCAAGGGUUUAUUCCAACGUUUCUGCGCUGACGAAAGUUGUAGUUUAAAAGAGGACCAUUUUGUUCACUUAAAUGGGUGUGAAGAGAAAAAAAGUUUCGGAAUGGCCAAGUCUCAAAAUCCAUGA